GGGAGAGGUACUGCCAUCUAUGCCCAUCGUACGAUGAGCUGCCGGAUGUGACCUGUGAGGAGGACUCCAUCUGGGUGACGUUCACGUUCACGCGGAGCUUUGUCGGCAUGCUCUACCCGAAGGGUCUGUCGAAGAACGAGCGCUGCGUGACGCAGGGUAAUGGAAGUACCCUGCUCACCGUGCGCGUGCCCUACGAAGACUGCGACACCUUGCGAGAGGACACGGAUGACGGUAACAGGUCGUUUACGAGCACGGUGGUAGUACAGAGUCACCCGCUGCUGGUGACAGGGGAUGACACCGCCUACCAGAUCGGCUGCUACCUGCCACUGACCGCGUGGAAGGAUGUUAAUACAAGGUUCCGGGUCAGCACGGUGACGGAACCGCCGGAGCCUCUGUGGGCGACGCCCGCCAUGCCAGCAUGCUGGUUGCUCAUCAGCGCCACCCUUGGUGGAGCGGCCGUCAGGGGCGCUGUCGGCGUCGGUGAUCCUCUCUUCUUCAGCGUCGAGAUGGACAAGAGUGCUACGUACGGCUUUACGGUGCACAACUGUAGCGUACGCGAUGACGUCAUGGGGAUGUCGCAGACGCUCAUCGACGAAAACGGGUGCGCCGUCGACGAGCGACUGUUCGGACAGUUUACCUAUGAUCAGGAAGCUCAGCGCGUCUACACGGAGUUCCACGCAUUCCGAUUUCCGAAUAGAGCUCAGGUGUUAUUCCGCUGUGACGUCAGGCUGUGCCUCAAGCCGCGGUGUGUCAUACGAUUCGGCAAACAUCGUUAA